AUGGGAAGCAAAGCUGAGAACUAAAUUGAACAAUAUUCUGGAUAAGACUUCGGAGAUAAGAUAAGUUUUACAGUAGGUGUGAGUUACAUGCUUGCUUCAUCUAUUGGAUUGGUCAAGGGAGCAAUUGAAGGUUUCCCAAGAUCACUUAAUAUGCCAAAGAAGUUGAUCUUAAACAAUUUCUUUAAUGCAGUAGGAAAGCGAACAUCAUCAUAUGGGUAGGCAGCAGCUAGUGCAAGCAUGCUAUAUUAUUUUGUUGGGGCAGGAAUGAAUUUAUUAUUUGAAGAUGAAUUGGCAGAUAUAAAUUAAUUGAAAAAGAAUAUGUUGUGUGGUGCAAUUUCAGGAGCAGUAUACAAAUCAACUCUGGGAUUUGUUCCUUUUAUUGUUGGCGGUAUUGUUGGAGGAGGUUUGAUUGGAAGUGUAACUUUAUUGGUUGAAAAUCUCAAUAGAAAAGGAGUAGUAGCUUUUGAAAUGAAGUUUUGA